AUGCACAUUGUGGAACUCAUCCUAGACGGUUUCAAGUAUGUGGAGCCCAUUUUUCCCAUGAUUCAUCCAAGUACACCAUCUUCAGCUGAUCACGAAUUGUCACCUGCUAUGGGAAGGUCGUACCCGGUGCGAACUACCAUCAGUGGAUUCGACCCAUCUUUUAAUGCGGUCACCGGCUUGAACGGGUCUGGAAAAUCGAACAUCUUGGACGCGAUUUGCUUUGUGCUAGGCAUCACGAAUUUGUCUGCGGUAAGAGCCAACAACCUUCAGGACUUGAUUUACAAACGAGGCCAGGCAGGCGUGACGAAGGCCAGUGUGACUGUGGUGUUUGACAAUCGAGAUAAAACGAAGUCGCCACUCGGAUUUGAGCAGUAUGCUGAAGUGACGGUCACGCGACAGAUAUUGAUGGGUGGAGCAACAAAGUAUCUUAUCAAUGGUCAUCGAUCAACCCAGAACUCAGUACAAAAUCUAUUUCAAUCCGUACAACUCAACAUCAAUAACCCCAAUUUUCUGAUCAUGCAAGGAAAAAUAACGAAAGUACUCAACAUGAAGCCGCAGGAAAUCUUAGGGAUGAUCGAAGAAGCUGCUGGGACUAGUAUGUUUGAAGAGCGGAAAGAGAAAGCCGUCAAGACCAUGGCGAAAAAAGACAAAAAAAUGGAGGAGAUUCAGGACCUGCUACGCGAGGAAAUUGAACCCAAGCUAAAUCGAUUGAGGGAGGAAAAGCGAACAUACCUUGCUUACCAGCAAAACGAAGCCCAACUUGAAAUCCUGACGAGGUUGUGUUUGGCCUGGGAUCACUUUCAAGCCAACCGGAAGCUACAAGACAUUAUGUCUCAGAUCGAAGCGAAAAACCAAGAAAUCCACGAGGUUGAAGCAAACCAAGAUCGAUUGAACAAAGAAAUCCGUACAAUUGACGAAGAAUCUGUUCGGAUCAAUCGGAAGAUGGAACAAGAGUCCAAAAAAGGUGGCAAAGUUGAGAAGCUCGAAAAAACGCUCACUGGACUUUCGACUGAUGUUGCACGGUUGAAUACUCAAGUCGAGCUUAGUCAGAAGACUUGGUCAGAGGAACAAACCAAAGUGAAGGAGUUGAUCAAGGCGGAAAAUGAUCUCUCAGCCGUUCUAGAGGCCAAAAAGGCCCAGGCUUCCGAUUUGAACAGCCAAUUUUCUCAAUUGAAGGCAGAAUUCGACAACUCGACGCUUGAGCUAAAGAAGGAUGAAGAGCUGCUACAAACUCUAGUGACCGGAUUGACGAAUGAUGACUCCGAGGGGGCCAAUGCAGGCGGCUACAUGGGCCAACUAGCGAACGCGAAACAGCAGGUAGCCGAUCUCGCAUCCGAAGCUGAGCAAGCUCGUGUCAAGAUUGGUCACUUAACAAAAGAACUCAAGGAGAAGGAACCAAAAGCCAAGAAACUCGAGAAGGAAGGUGGAGGCGCCGCUUUUGAGUUGCAGAAAGCCCAGGCGGAAAAGAAACAGUUGGAGCAGGCGCUUGAAAAAAUUGAUUGGGAUGAAAGUGCUGAAGCUACUCUUCGGCAACGGCGCGACGUAGAAUCUGAAAGCGUAUCGAAGCUUACGGCCGAUGUCAAUCACAUCAAGAGUCGGCUGAGCCAGUUAGAUUUCACUUACACAGACCCUGUGAGAAAUUUCGAUCACUCGAAAGUCAAAGGACUCGUCGCCCAAUUAAUCACCCUCGAUCCAUCCAGCCUGAACCAAGUCACAGCUCUAGAAGUCUGCGCUGGUGGUCGACUGUACAAUGUCGUAGUUGAAGAUAAUGUUACCGCCUCGCAACUACUGGAUAAUGGUCGGUUGACACGUAAAGUAACGAUGAUUCCGCUUAAUCAGAUACGCGCCUUCGUUGCUUCCGCUGGCCAAUUAACCUCGGCAUCCAAGAUUUCUAACAAUUCCGCCAAGCUAGCGCUUCAAUUAAUCGGGUAUGAUGCUGAUGUGUCGAAAGCCAUGGAGUUUGUAUUUGGUAAUACUCUCAUCUGUCCUGAUGCCCAGACCGCUAAACAAGUUACUUUCGAUCAGAAUGUACGCAUGAAAAGUGUGACUUUCGAUGGGGACAUUUACGAUCCCGCUGGGACUUUAUCGGGCGGCUCUAAACCCUCCACAUCAGGAAUUUUGAUCAAAGUCCAAGAGCUGAAGAAGGUCGAAAAUCUUUUACGACAGCACCAAUCAAACCUACAACAGAUCGAAGAAGAAUGGCAGGCGGCAAAAUCUCAGAUUGUCAACUUUAACCAGGCGAAAAAAGAUCUAGACCUCAAGUCACAUGAAGUCAGCUUGCUGGAAGAGAGAGUGAAAGAAAGUAACACAACUCGGAUUAUUUCAGAAGUAGCUACGAUCAAGAAUACAUUAGCGGAAUUGAACAACUUGAUUGCGAGUUCCAAGCAAAAACAAAAUGCUGCCGAAGCUGAAUGUAAGCGUUUACAAAAAGAGAUGGACGAUUUCAAAAACAACAAAGAUUCCAAGCUGAAACAGAUCAAGGCCGACAUUACUCAAAAAAAGUCCAACAUGAGCAAAACUUCAAGUACGGUCAAAGCUAUGCAGAGAGAGGUUCAAGGAGUCGACAUGGAAAUCGAACAAUUGGUCAGUGAUGUUUCUUCCGCAAAGAAAGAAGUGGAAGAGGCGGCCGAGGCAGUCGAAGCUGCCAAAUUGGAGCAUGAAGGCUUGAAAGCCAAGCUGAAAAAAGCUCAAGAAGAGCAUGCUCAAGCUGACUUGGAAUACAGGCAAGAAACGAAACGACUGGAUGGAUUUCGACGGGAAUUGGCUGAUAUGGAAAAGGCUAAGCAGGCUAAAUUGGAAGCUAUCGGCGAAGUCGAUUCGACGGUUUCGACUCUGCGACAUAAAAUCGACUCUUUCUCGCGUGAACGUAAGAGUGCACAUGAUGCUAUAGAGCGAAUAGAAAAUACCUACGAAUGGGUCGCUGGGGCCAAAAAGUUGUUCGGUCAACCUGGAACUGAAUUCGAUUUUUCUGCACACCGGAUGAAGGAUAAAAGGUCGGAGUUGGACAGGUUAGAAGCCGAUCAACACAAGAUGCGCAAGAAAGUGAACCCCAAAGUUCUGCAUAUGAUUGACAGCGUCGAAAAACGAGAGAAAGAGCUCACGGCAAAACAUUCAACAGUCAUUAAGGAUAAAGGGAAAAUUGAAGAAACCAUUGCCCGAUUAGAUGAAUAUAAGCUUGAAGCACUCACAAAGGCAUGGGUUACGGUCAAUGGAGAAUUCGGACACAUUUUCGAUACCCUUUUACCUGGAAAUUGGUGUGAACUGCAACCAGCCGAGGGUAUGACGCUUUCCCAAGGAUUAGAAGUUCGUGUCCGACUGGGCUCUACAUGGAAAUCGAGUUUAACGGAGCUGAGUGGUGGUCAAAGAUCCUUGAUUGCAUUGUCCUUGAUCAUGAGCCUUUUGAAAACCCAUCCGUCUCCGAUAUAUGUCCUUGACGAGGUGGACGCCGCGCUGGAUCUACAACAUACACAAAAUUUAGGCUUGCUGUUUAAACAUCGCUUUAAAGGUAGUCAAUUCAUUGUAGUCUCGCUCAAAGAAGGCCUCUUUACCAAUGCGAACGUCUUGUUCCGGACCCGAUUUAGGGAUGGGACAUCGGUCGUUGAACGGACUGUUUCCAGGUCGACGUCGAAUCUCUAUAACGAUGAUCGAGCAAACUCGUCAAGUCGCACGAACAAAAACAAUCGUUGA